CAAUACUUAUAUAUGGGUCUCCAAAAAUGGUCAAUAUGCACCUCCUGAGGCAAAAGGGACUGUCCAGGUGAUUAAUAAAGAUCUCGAGGUCUUUUAUAAAAACCACUUUUUAUAAAAAGUAAACCCCACAUUUCAACCGUAUUCUAAGAUAAUGCUUCUGAACUGCAUUACCUUUAUUUGACAUUAUUUCAUUUGUAUUUGCUAAAAACUGGGAACAUGGAGGACAAGAGAGAUUUUAAAAUAAGAGCACGUGCUGAUUGAUGUCUGUAAUAUUCCUUUCUUCUCUUCCUAGAAAACAAAUACCGUAGGAGUUCCUCCCCUCUUCGCCCCCCAAAGCAGGCAAUGGAGAAGACAGGCAGAAUUCUGGGGGGCCACGUUCAAUGGGAAUAACAAAGAAAGCAUUUAAAUACAUGGAGUGUGAAAAGAGAGAGGAGAAGCAGUUUGAAAGAAUGGAGUGUGAGAAGAUCUUCAGUGACAGUGGAACACUUAGAAAACAUCAACAGACUCACACUGGGGAGAAACCAUUUAAAUGCAUGGAGUGUGGAAAGAGCUUUAUUGAUGGUACAGCAUUGACUAACCACCAUCAAACUCACACAGGGGAGAAACCAUUUAAAUGCAUGGAGUGUGGAAAGAGCUUCAGUCAGAGUGGAAAACUUAGAAUUCAUCAACGGACUCACACAGGGGAGAAACCAUUUGUAUGCAUGGAGUGUGGAAAGGGCUUCACUUCUAAUCAAGUACUUAGAACUCAUCAACGGACUCAUACGGGGGAGAAACCAUUUAAAUGCCUGGUGUGUGGAAAGAGCUUCAGUCGCAAUGGACACCUUAGAAUUCAUCAACGGAUUCACACAGGGGAGAAGCCAUUUAAAUGUAUGGAGUGCGGGAAGAGCUAUAUUGAUGGUACAGCAUUGACUAACCACCAUCAAACUCACACAGGGGAGAAACCAUUUAAAUGCCUGGUGUGUGGAAAGAGCUUCAGUCGCAAUGGACACCUUAGAAUUCAUCAACGGACUCACACAGGGGAGAAACCAUUUAAAUGUAAGGAGUGCGGGAAGAGCUUCCAUCAGAGUGGACACCUUACAAUUCAUCAUCAAACUCACACAGGGGAGAAACCAUUUAAAUGUAAGGAAUGUGGAAAGAGCUUCAGUAGAUGUGACAGCCUUAAUUUACAUAAUCAAACUCACAAAGGGGAAAAACUCUUUGAAUGUAUAGUGUGUGGAAAGAGCUUCAGUCAGAGUAGAAAUCUUAGAAUUCAUCAACGGACUCACACAGGGGAGAAACCAUUUGUAUGCAUGGAGUGUGGAAAGGGCUUCACUUCUAACCAAGUACUUAGAACUCAUCAACGGACUCAUACGGGAGAGAAACCAUUUAAAUGCAUGGUGUGUGUAAAGAGCUUCAGUCGCAAUGGACACCUUAGAAUUCAUCAACGGAUUCACACAGGGGAGAAACCAUUUAAAUGUAUGGAGUGCGGAAAGAGCUUCAGUGAGAGUGGACACCUUAGAAUUCAUCAACGGACUCACACAGGGGAGAAACCAUUUAAAUGUAUGGAGUGUGGAAAGAGCUUCAGUGCGAGUGGAUAUCUUAGAAUUCAUCAACGGACUCACACAGGGGAGAAACCAUUUAAAUGUAUGGAGUGUGGAAAGAGCUUCAAUAACAGUGGAAAGCUUAGAAUUCAUCAACGGACACACAUGGGGGAGAAACCAUUUGAAUGUCUGGAGUGUGGAAAGAGCUUCACUGACAGUGGAUAUCUUAGAAUUCAUAAACGGACUCACACAGGAGAGAAACCAUUUAAAUGUCUGGAGUGUGGAAAGAGCUUCAGUCAGAGUGGACACCUUAGAAUUCAUCAACAGACUCACAUGGGGGAGAAACCAUUUGUAUGCAUGGAGUGUGGAAAGGGCUUCACUUCUAAUCAAGUACUUAGAACUCAUCAACGGACUCAUACGGGGGAGAAACCAUUUAAAUGCCUGGUGUGUGGAAAGAGCUUCAGUCGCAAUGGACACCUUAGAAUUCAUCAACGGAUUCACACAGGGGAGAAACCAUUUAAAUGUAUGGAGUGCGGAAAGAGCUUCAGUGAGAGUGGACACCUUAGAAUUCAUCAACGGACUCACACAGGGGAGAAACCAUUUAAAUGUAUGGAGUGUGGAAAGAGCUUCAGUGCGAGUGGAUAUCUUAGAAUUCAUCAACGGACUCACACAGGGGAGAAACCAUUUAAAUGUAUGGAGUGUGGAAAGAGCUUCAAUAACAGUGGAAAGCUUAGAAUUCAUCAACGGACACACAUGGGGGAGAAACCAUUUGAAUGUCUGGAGUGUGGAAAGAGCUUCACUGACAGUGGAUAUCUUAGAAUUCAUAAACGGACUCACACAGGAGAGAAACCAUUUAAAUGUCUGGAGUGUGGAAAGAGCUUCAGUCAGAGUGGACACCUUAGAAUUCAUCAACAGACUCACAUGGGGGAGAAACCAUUUGUAUGCAUGGAGUGUGGAAAGGGCUUCACUUCUAAUCAAGUACUUAGAACUCAUCAACGGACUCAUACGGGGGAGAAACCAUUUAAAUGCCUGGUGUGUGGAAAGAGCUUCAGUCGCAAUGGACACCUUAGAAUUCAUCAACGGAUUCACACAGGGGAGAAACCAUUUAAAUGUAUGGAGUGCGGGAAGAGCUAUAUUGAUGGUACAGCAUUGACUAACCACCAUCAAACUCACACAGGGGAGAAACCAUUUAAAUGCCUGGUGUGUGGAAAGAGCUUCAGUCGCAAUGGACACCUUAGAAUUCAUCAACGGACUCACACAGGGGAGAAACCAUUUAAAUGUAUGGAGUGUGGAAAGAGCUUCAGUGCGAGUGGACACCUUACAAUUCAUCAUCAAACUCACACAGGGGAGAAACCAUUUAAAUGUAAGGAAUGUGGAAAGAGCUUCAGCAGAUGUGACAGCCUUAAUUUACAUAAUCAAACUCACAAAGGGGAAAAACUCUUUGAAUGUAUAGUGUGUGGAAAGAGCUUCAGUCAGAGUAGAAAUCUUAGAAUUCAUCAACGGACUCACACAGGGGAGAAACCAUUUGUAUGCAUGGAGUGUGGAAAGGGCUUCACUUCUAAUCAAGUACUUAGAACUCAUCAACGAACUCAUACGGGGGAGAAACCAUUUAAAUGCAUGGUGUGUGGAAAGAGCUUCAGUCGCAAUGGACACCUUAGAAUUCAUCAACGGAUUCACACAGGGGAGAAACCAUUUAAAUGUAUGGAGUGCGGAAAGAGCUUCAGUGAGAGUGGACACCUUAGAAUUCAUCAACGGACUCACACAGGGGAGAAACCAUUUAAAUGUAUGGAGUGUGGAAAGAGCUUCAAUAACAGUGGAAAGCUUAGAAUUCAUCAACGGACACACACGGGGGAGAAACCAUUUAAAUGUAUGGAGUGUGGAAAGAGCUUCAAUAACAGUGGAAAGCUUAGAAUUCAUCAACGGACACACACGGGGGAGAAACCAUUUGAAUGUCUGGAGUGUGGAAAGAGCUUCACUGACAGUGGAUAUCUUAGAAUUCAUAAACGGACUCACACAGGAGAGAAACCAUUUAAAUGUAUUGAGUGUGGAAAGAGCUUCAGUCAGAGUGGACACCUUAGAAUUCAUCAACAGACUCACAUGGGGGAGAAACCAUUUAAAUGCAUGGAGUGUGGAAAAAGCUUCAGUAGAAGUGACAAGCUUAGAAUUCAUCAAAGGACUCACACAGGGGAGAAACCAUUUAAAUGCAUUGAUAUGGAGUGUGGAAAGAGCUUCAGUCGGAGUGGAACACUAAGAAGACAUCAACAGCCUCACACUGGGGAGAAACCAUUUAAAUGCAUGGAGUGUGGAAAGAGCUUCAGUCAAAGUGAUAAACUUAGAAUUCAUCAACAGACUCACACUGGUGAGAAACCAUUUAAAUGCAUGGAGUGUGGAAAGAGCUUCAGUCAAAGUGGAAACCUUAGAAUUCAUCAACGGACUCACACUGGUGAGAAACCAUUUAAAUGCAUGGAGUGUGGAAAGAGCUUCAGUAGAAGUGACAGCCUUAAUUUACAUAAUCAAACUCACACAGGGGGAAAAACAUUUGAAUGUACAGAGUGUGGAAAGAGCUUCAGUCGGAGUAGAAAACUUAGAAUUCAUCAACGGACUCACACAGGGGAAAAACAAUUUGUAUGCAUGGAGUGUGGAAAGGGCUUCACUUCUAAUGAAGUACUUAGAAUUCAUCAACGGACUCACACCGGGGAGAAACCCUUUAAAUGCAUGGAGUGUGGGACAAGCUUCAGUCAGAGUGGACACCUUAGAAUUCAUCAACGGAGUCACACAGGAGAGAAACCCUUUAAAUGCAUGGAGUGUGGAAAGAGCUUCAGUAGAAGUGACAGCCUUAAUUUACAUAAUCAAACUCACACAGUGGAGAAACCAUUUAAAUGCAUGGAGUGUGGAAAGAGCUUCGAUGAGAGUGGAGACCUUAGAAUUCAUCAACGGACUCACAUGGGGGAGAAACCAUUUACAUGUAUAGAGUGUGGAAAGAGCUUCAGUCAGAGUGGACACCUUAGAAUUCAUCAACAGACUCACACAGGGGAAAAACCAUUUAAAUGCAUGGAGUGUGGAAAGAGCUUCAGUCAGAGUGGACACCUUAAAAUUCAUCAACGGACUCACACGGGGGAGAAACCCUUUAAAUGCAUGGAGUGUGGGACAAGCUUCAGUCAGAGUGGACACCUUAGAAUUCAUCAACGGAGUCACACAGGAGAGAAACCCUUUAAAUGCAUGGAGUGUGGAAAGAGCUUCAGUAGAAGUGACAGCCUUAAUUUACAUAAUCAAACUCACACAGCGGAGAAACCAUUUAAAUGCAUGGAGUGUGGAAAGAGCUUCGAUGAGAGUGGAGACCUUAGAAUUCAUCAACGGAUUCACAUGGGGGAGAAACCAUUUACAUGUAUGGAGUGUGGAAAGAGCUUCAGUCAGAGUGGACACCUUAGAAUUCAUCAACAGACUCACACAGGGGAAAAACCAUUUAAAUGCAUGGAGUGUGGAAAGAGCUUCAGUCAGAGGGGAGCGCUUAGAAUUCAUCAACGGACUCACACCGGGGAGAAACCCUUUAAAUGCAUGGAGUGUGGGACAAGCUUCAGUCAGAGUGGACACCUUAGAAUUCAUCAACGGAGUCACACAGGAGAGAAACCCUUUAAAUGCAUGGAGUGUGGAAAGAGCUUCAGUAGAAGUGACAGCCUUAAUUUACAUAAUCAAACUCACACAGCGGAGAAACCAUUUAAAUGCAUGGAGUGUGGAAAGAGCUUCGAUGAGAGUGGAGACCUUAGAAUUCAUCAACGGACUCACAUGGGGGAGAAACCAUUUACAUGUAUAGAGUGUGGAAAGAGCUUCAGUCAGAGUGGACACCUUAGAAUUCAUCAACAGACUCACACAGGGGAAAAACCAUUUAAAUGCAUGGAGUGUGGAAAGAGCUUCAGUCAGAGGGGAGCGCUUAGAAUUCAUCAAAGGACUCACACGGGAGAAACCAUUUAAAUGCAUUGAGUGUGGGAAGAGCUUCAUAGAAUCAUAGAAUAGAAUAGAAUCAUAGAAUCAUAGAGUUGGAAGAGACCACAAGGGCCAUCCAGUCCAACCCCCUGCCAAGCAGGAAACACCAUCAAAGCAUUCCUGACAGAUGGCUGUCAAGCCUCUGCUUAAAGACCUCCAAAGAAGGAGAUUCCACCACACUCCUUGGCAGCAAAUUCCACUGCCGAACAGCUCUUACUGUCAGGAAGUUCUUCCUAAUGUUUAGGUGGAAUUUUCUUUCUUGUAGUUUGAAUCCUUUGCUCCGUGUCCGCUUCUCUGGAGCAGCAGAAAACAACCUUUCUCCCUCCUCUAUAUGACAUCCUUUUAUAUAUUUGAACAUGGUUAUCAUAUCACCCCUUAACCUUCUCUUCUCCAGGCUAAACAUUCCUCAUAAGGCAUCGUUUCCAGGCCUUUGACCAUUUUGGUUGCCCUCUUCUGGACAUGUUCCAGCUUGUCAGUAUCCUUCUUGAACUGUGCUGCCCAGAACUGGACACAGUACUCCAGGUGAGGUCUGACCAGAGCAGAAUACAGUGGUACUAUUACUUCCCUUGAUCUAGAUGCUAUACUCCUAUUGAUGCAGCCCAGAAUUGCAUUGGCUUUUUUAGCUGCUGCAUCACACUGCUGACUCAUGUCAAGUUUGUGGUCUACCAAGACUCCUAGAUCCUUUUCACAUGUACUGCUCUCUAGCCAGGUGUCACCCAUCAUGUAUUUGUGCCUUUCAUUUUUUUUUUGCCCAAGUGUAGUACUUUACAUUUCUCCUUGUUAAAAUUCAACUUGUUUGCUUUGGCCCAGUUGUCUAAUCUGUUAAGGUCAUUCUGAAGUGUGAUCCUGUCCUCUGGGGUGUUAGCCACCCCUCCCAAUUUGGUGUCAUCUGCAAACUUGCUCAGGAUGCCCUCAAGCCCAUCAUCCAAGUCAUUGAUAAAGAUGUUGAACAAGACUGGGCCCAAGACAGAACCCUGUGGCACCCCACUAGUCACUACUCUCCAGGAUGAGGAGGAGCCAUUGAUGAGCACCCUUUGGGUUCGGUCAGUAAGCCAGUUACAAAUCCACUGAAUGGUAGCAUUGUCUAGCCCACAUUUUACCAGCUUCUUUACAAGAAUAUCAUGGGGCACCUUGUCAAAGGUCUUGCUGAAAUCAAGAUAGGCUACAUCCACAGCGUUCCCUUCAUCUACCAGGCUUGUAAUUCUGUCAAAAAAUGAGAUCAGAUUAGUCUGACAAGACUUAUUUUUCAGGAACCCAUGCUGACUUUUAGUGAUCACAGAGUUUCUUUCUAGGUGCUCACAGACUGUUUGCUUAAUGAUCUGCUCUAGAAUCUUUCCUGGUAUUGAUGUCAGGCUGACUGGGCGGUAAUUGUUUGGGUCCUCUCUUUUCCCCUUUUUGAAAAUAGGGACAACAUUUGCCUGUUCUCCAGGAAUUUUCAAAGAUUAUUGCCAGUGGUUCUGAAAUCACCUCUGCCAGUUCUUUUAAUACUCUUGGAUGUAGUUCAUCUGGCACUGGAGACUUGAAUACAUCUAAAGUAGCCAAGUAUUCUUGUACUACCUCCUUACUUAUUCUGGGCUGUGUUUCCCCUGCUGAAUCAUCUGCUCCAUAUUCUUCAGGUCGGGCGUUGUUUUCUUUCUUGGAGAAGACUGAGGCAAAUAAGGCAUUGAGGAGUUCUGCCCUUUCUCUGUCCCCUGUUUGCAUUUCACCAUCUUCUCCUCUGAGUGACCCCACUGUUUCCUUGUUUUUCCUUUUGCUACGAACAUACCCAUAAAAGCCCUUUUUGUUGCUUUUAACCUCUCUGGCGAGCCUGAGUUCAUUCUGUGCUUUAGCUUUUCUGACUUUGUCUCUACACGUGCUGGCUGUAUGUUUGAAUUCCUCUCUGGAGAUUUCCCCCCUUUUCCAUUUUUUGUACAUAUCCCUUUUAAAUCUUAACUCAGUCAAAAGUUCUUUAGAUAGCCAGCCUGGCUUCUUUAGGCACCUUCCAUGUUUCCGUCUCAUUGGUAUUGCCUGAAGUUGUGCUUUUAAUAUCUCCCUUUUAACAAACUCCCAACCAUCAUGAACUCCCUUCCCUUUUAGUAUUACUGUCCAUGGGAUUUCACCCAGCGUUUCCCUAAGUUUUCUGAAGUUGACUUUCUUAAAGUCUAGAAUUUGGACCUUAGUAUGCUUGGUUGCUCCUUUCCGCUGGAUAAUAAACUCCAGAAGAGCAUGGUCACUCCCACCUAAUGAUCCUGCCACUUCUACCCCACUAACCAAGUCAUCACUAUUGGUUAGGACCAGAUCUAAAAUGGCUGAUCCUCUUGUUGCUUCUCCCACUUUCUGGACAAUGAAGUUGUCUGCAAGGCCAGUGAGGAAUCUGUUCGACCUUAUGCUCUUGGCUGAGUUUGACAUCCAACAAAUAUCAGGAUAGUUGAAAUCCCCCAUUACUACUAUCUCACUUCCUUUGGAAUGCUUGGCCAUCUGUUCCAGGAAGGCAUCAUCUGUGUCCUCAGUUUGGCUUGGGGAUCUAUAGUAAACUCCCACAAUGAGACCACUGUUGUUUUUCUCUCCCUUAAUUUUGACCCAGAUACUCUCAAUUUGGCUUUGAAGUUUUAAAUCCUGGAUCUCUUCACAGGUAUACACAUCCCUAACAUAUAAAGCUACUCCUCCUCCCACUGAGAGUGGACUUCUUACACUCGAACAGGGUGGCCUCCAGGAGUUCCGGCCCCCAUGGGUGCUCGUUCCAGGCGUGAGUUCCAUGAUUUAAUAGAAAUAAUUGGAUUUAAAUUCAUGGACAUGCUUCAAAAGACGGAGCAGAAGAUACUGCCCGGAAUUCCAGCUUCUGAGUGAUAAGAGAAUCAAGGAAAUACCACAUCAAGGGGGAAAAAGAAUGAUAUGGACGGAACGAAAAGGGAAGCGAAACUUUUCAUUUUCUAUACCUUAAGAAGCACUAACCACCUUCCCUGGACGGAUGGACCUUAAUAUUUGGAACAAACGAGAAAUUAGGAAAUAAACUGUGUGGCUAUUGGAGUUUAUAUAAUAGAGGAUUGACAUUCUGUAUGUUUUGGAAGCUGUUUUGCUAAGUAUGUAAGAGCAAAACCUCCCCAGCUGGUUAUAUUUUCACUGGAGCUCGCUUAAAUAUUUUCUGGACAAUUAUAAGUGGAUUUAUGAGCCGUGACGCACUUUGCAUUUGAACAAGAUCAGAGCUGCCUAAUUGAAGAUUCAGGAGGCAGAGAGCAGCUAAAGGGCGGGGGAGCCAUAAAUCUGUUAUAAGAAGAGUAUGAAUAUUUCUAUUUGGCUGUUCCCCGCCUGAAAAAGCUGCAUUUCGGCAAUCGGUGGACUUUUUGAGGAGAAGCUGGAACACGAUAUCUGAGAUCUUCAAGAUGGCAUCUGCUCCUGCUUGAAUGUCAGCGCGGCCAGAGAAGCACUCCAGUUUGUAAAAGGAGGAUUUAAGGGGAGGCUGGACUGGAAAAAAAACCCACACAGGAAGAAUGAUUUUGUGUUAAAUCUCGCUUGAUGUCUAUCUCAAAAGCUGCGACAAAAGAGGAAAAUAACAACUAGAAGAAUUGCUGGGGAAAGAUCGGGACUAUAAUGGAUUAUAAUGAUAAGAUUUUGAAAUUUGGACUAGCAUGGCAGGGAGUAGCGUUAGUCAGAAUCCCCAGACUUUGAAGCAUGGGAAGUCAAAAAAUUUUUUUUUUAUGAUUUGGCAUAAUAUUUGGUUUAAUUGAUAUGUAUUUGUAUAAUUUGAAAUAAUUGAUAUGAUAUAAUUGGUAUGUAAUUGGAAAAUUUAAUAAAUUGUUUUUGUUUGUUUUUUUAAA